AUGGAGCCAACUACGAAUUCUGCAGCUGCAAACCCUACUGCGUCUACUACAGCCAAUACUGCCGCGGCUCAAGGACAAGCCUAUGAUGCGCCGCGUAAUGGUUCAACAGCUUCGGAGGGUUCACUUUCGGGUGUCACGAAUAGUAUCGCCACUGUCGCGGGAAAUUCGAUCAGCGAGGCUAAGAACAAGCUCACAACCGUGACCUCCAAUGAAUCUGUUCAGAGUGUUUGGGAACAGGUUCGCUCCAUGGCUACCGGGAGGAAUAACGAGACCCAAGAAGUCGAUACCUCACCCAACCAGGACGAGAUCGACCUUAUCGAUAAUAUGGACAAGGAGAAGAUUGCCGAGUUCCUCCGAGAAAAGAAUCGAAGCGAUGUCCGUCUACCAAAGAGAAGAUAG